CACAUCGCUAUUUGUCAUUCAUGCAUGAUUAUUCCGUCUGCUUGUUAUAUUUUUUGUGCAAAACGCAGUUUUUUAUGAAUGCACAUAGUUUCUUGUGUUAAACAAUACUCCAAAAUAUAAAAAUAGUGUAACAAUUUGAUAUUUUGUGUUCGAAAAGUGUUGUGAAAGAGCCACCUUGAAGUACAGGGUGACAUAAUUUAGUCGCCCCUACUGCGUAUCAUGUAGCCGUUGUGGUUUAUUUUGCGGAUUGCUGGGUCUAUUUUCGACUCGAGAAGUUUCCUGGACAUGACACCGACAACACGAUGAGCUGGCUACGCAGCACGUCGCUGUCGCUGGCGCGGCAGCUGUCCCGCUCGCUGGACCCGCGCCACGACUACGAGCCGCACGCGUGCUACAACUCGUUCUGCAAGCAUUGGCAGCAGGCGAACGAUAUCAUUGUGAAAUCACAGCCACAACAUCUGCACGACGACGUGCUAGGUGUGGUCAACCAUCUGGAACAGCUGGCCACGCUCUUAGUGCUGGAAGCAAGAGCUAGGGAGAUCAACACAGCGACAAGCCCGGCUGCCUGUCUCGAACACUUGCUCACGGAGAACUUGCUCGACAAGUUGUACGAGUGGGCGAUAUGUACUGGCAAAUAUGAAAAUGCUGUCCGAUUGGAACAGCUCAAGCUAUUCGGAAUUCUCGUCAGCCAUUACAGUACACAGGUGAUCGCAGCGGAGCCGUUCCUCAGGCCGCUGUUGAAAUUGCUCAGCAGUUUUAGAAAUGAACUACCACCGCCCAACUUGGAAAGUCAACUAGUUAAAGUGCUGAAUCAAAUAUGCGUGGCUCUGAUGCAGAACACGAGGUUCAUAGAUCUGUUCUUCCUUACGACGCAUACGCAGAACGGAUCACAAGCUGAGUUCAUAAUAGUGCGGCUGCUGCUGUCGUCGGUGCACCGCGAGGGCGGCGCGGGCGCGGCGGCGCGCGACGCGCUGUUGCUGUGCGCCAAGAUGUCGGCGCGCUGCGCCCCGCUCGCCGACUUCAUGCUCGCCGGCAACACCUGCCCCGUGCUGGCCACCGGUCUAAGUGGCCUCUAUUCUCUACUUCCAAGAACCCUGGGCGAUAAAGUUUACCGACUGACGCCAGACGACGUGAAUCAAGUCCACAAACUAACGCUGUUCAUUGAUUCUCUCGAGUUCUGUGAUGCUGUGGCACAGGUUGCUCAUCCGUCAAUCAAAAAACAUCUACUCGACCUGCUGUACCAAGGAUUCCUAGUGCCAGUACUAGGUCCCGCAUUGUUACAGACGAAAGCGGCGCAAUUGCAGAGUGGCGCGGGCGAGCAGGCCGCCGCCAUGGCCUACCUCGAGAUGGCGCUGCGGUGCGUCACCAAGCAGGGGCUGCUUCGAGCUGUAUUGCACUUCCUGUUUGUCUAUGAAUACGACGGCGUUCGAGUUAUUGAUAUUAUGUUAAGGAGGUUGGAUGGGAAUUCACAGUUAUCACUCGUCUCUUUAUCAUUAAUGGAGACCCUCAUCGACCUAAACUGCGAAGAUGUGACCAUAGAGUUAAUAUACAAGCAUUUACUAAACGGCCAGCAUUUGGUGGCGAGCCAUAGACACAAGAUCGCCGAACCGGAGCCGUAUAGGGACGCGGCGGUCGCCUUCCUAUCUCUAACGCCUAGGUGUUGCGCAAGACCUAUAGAGAAGACGAAGCAGUGGGUAGACGAGCUAGCUCUGAGUGGGAGGAGGGUGUUGGACUUCAAGAGGGAUGAUGAGAGGCGGAUCAACGGCGUGCAUGAUGAUAUAGCAUUGAAUCAUCUGGUCCAGGAAACUAAGAUUAAUUACGGAAAUCCCAACGAAACUUUAUACGGUAAUUAUCAUGCGUACUUAUGCGACGCGCGAUUCGAAAUAGUGACGCGCGCGAUCGCCUGCAGCAAUUGGACGUCCAAAUACGAUGCAGUAACAACACCAAAACGAGAGACUAACAACAACUCAACGAAGGAAACUAAAGAAAUGGACAACCAGAACAACACUAAAGAACUAGACAGCUUGAUAUCGAUAUGCACAAGUGAAUACGAUACAUUAAAAACAAGCGACACAUCGGAGAAAGAACAACACAGUCUAACGUCUUUUACCGAAAAUGCAGACGACUCUAAAACAAAUGAUAACCAGAACAUCGAUGAAAAAGAUGUCGAUAAUUUCAUGAAUCAUACUAGUGAUGUGAAAGAGAAUGAUAAUUUAUCGAUGGGUGAGAGCAGUGACUACGAGAGUUUUAAAUACAAAAUCGAAGAAAAUGGAGAAGGUUACGCUGAGGAUUUGUUUAGGAAGAGUUUUGAGAAGCCCGAAACUGUGAGGGAGUAUGAAGUGCCUUUUAUUAGGAGCUGGAGAGCGAGCGCCGAAUCAAUAAUCGGUCCAUUACUUAGCAGUCUCCUGAAGAAAGCGGCCGCGAUAUUAGAAUCUGAAGUGCUAGUCAACUGUCGUGUUACGUGUCUCAUAUCGAGGCUUGCGUCGCUGCCCACCCCUCUUCUGACGUCGUUAUUGCUGUGUCCGGCGUUUGUGUUGCCACCGAAUGUACCUUCUCUAUUCCAAAUUCUAAGUACACUAAAGGAGGAAGUGGACGAGCUUACAGACGGGCUGGACAACGCGAAUGAACUAGUGGACAAGGCGCGCGUGUUCCUCAUACAGAGAGAGAUGGCGCUGGUGAAGUCGCGCGGCCCGACUACCGAACAAAGUCAGCCACGAGUACAGGACUCGCCGGCGUACCGCGCGGACGAGUCUCCGUUCCGACGCGUCGAGUCCAAGCGGCGCAGUCUCUCCAACAGCUUGUCCAGCAUGUUCAACAGGAGAAUGUCGUCAUCACCAUCACAACCUACUUCGCACAGUCUCCAACCGGUCUCUAGUCCACUGAAAAGACCAAUAUUCACUCAAGAAUCCUACUGGAAUCAGUCGAUAACGCUCCGGUCUAUUCUCAACGCGGUUCUGCUUGAUGAAUGGCUUAAAGAACUAGCGGCCCUGUGCGAAGAACACGCCUUAAGACUCUCAGCAGAGAACUACGAAGACGACGCGUACAUUAGCACGGUUGCGUUAUGACUGACCGCGAAAGCCAGCAACGGCUUAAAAACUAAACAAGUUGUCUAUGGACGUUGUGUGGAUACCCCAGUGUGAUAUCGAUAUCGAUAAUCUUAAAGUGAUAGCGAAGUAAAUCGAUAAAUAUCGAUAAAGCUCAGUGUUAUAUCGAUUGAAAGUUUGGAAGUUAAUAGCAAUAUUGAAGACAUCACGUAGUGGUAGAAACAUUGUCAAUGGUAUUUUCGAUAGAGCUUGUAGUGUAGUCGAUUCUUAAGAUCUUUAGAAGAAAUUGGAAGAUGGUUUCAUUCUAGUGACUUCCUCGACUCGAUAAGUUGUUUAUUGGCCUACGGCACGUAUCAAACUCUUAAAAAUACGGUAAUUUUUAUUCUACUUUGUUCUUAAAUAUAUUCUUAAUAAGAUCCAUAUUUGGAUGAAUUGUCAAUGUGUAAUAAGAAUAAUUUUAUGUAUUCUUCAUGGUCGAUAAUUAUUUUAAAUUGUGACCAUAUUUGUAAAGUAACGCCGCCUUUUUAGAAAAAAAUAUUUGAUUAAACAUGAGUGUAUAUAGUAAAUUAGGGAUCGAAAAAAGAAAUUAAAUUAAGUUACAUUUAUGGACUGUUUAUCGAUAUGUUCAUCGACUGUUGUUUGAAAGCUCAUCGAUUUUAGUUUCUAUCGAUUAUCAUAACAAAUCAAUUUCUAUACUAUAUUGAUAAAUAUUGCCCAUACUUGUCACUACCCGUGUACACUAAAGUCAAAUUAACAUUUUGUAUGAGCAAAACUUAUGUUGCAACUUGCAACUGCACUUUCAGUGUGCACCGGGCUUAAUAUCAAAGCGUGCGUAACGAACAAAUCAUGUUUACAUUAUCAACGUACGGAAAAGUACGCGUUCCUUAUUCAUAAACACUUAAGAGUCAAAUUUGAACGAUAUUGUGUUUUGUUCCAUUUUAAAACAUUACAACGUAAGAUAAAAAACGGCAUAACAUUUUUUGAGUUAAAUCUUAAAGCGUUUAUGAAUAAGGAUCCUAGACUAUAAGCCUUACAUACUUAAUAUUAGGUACUAUAUUAGCGAAACAAGUCGUUUGCAUGUAGUGGUAUGGAUUCAAACGUUCUACGCUAACCAAGUUAACUUAUUAGUCCAUGUAUUGUUUUAUACUUUAAAAAGAAAUCCAACAAAGUAUGUCGAUAUAAUUCAUACGACCGCUAAGAUAUUUAAAGUAUUGUAACAUAUUUGGACCGCACUUUACUUGCCAUGAGUUUAGUGUCUUUGGUUGCAUAAAGCUCUAGGCAAUAAGUACCAUAAUUCCAGUAAAACUCGUUUCCAAACGCAACCGGCUUGUUUCGGUAAUAUAUACGCAAUUUUAUUAGAUAGUAGCAAUUAUUUUAACGCUAUUGCCAUCAACGUAAUUAUGAACUGUGAUUUUGUGAUGUUCAAACGACCUAUUGUAUACAUUUUUGCGAUGGUAAUUAAUUUAUUGCGAUUUUUAAUUCAUGAAUGUAUACGUGUUCUAACAGUACUUUAACAUUUUUCGUGUAUUUUUUACGUUUUACUGGCAAACAUUUCUAUGUAGGUAAAGAUCUUAUUUCUAUUUUGUAAUUUCCAUGACUGUGUACAACUUGGUUUCAGUGUUUUAAUAUCUUAAUCGAUUGGCACUGUUAUCGAUAAAUAUCGAUUAAAAGACGAACUACUUCUUAGUUUUAUACUUAAUAAUUUUGCUGAUUUUUAAAAAGACAAAUUUCGACUGUUGUCUAGAAAUGUUUACAUGUAAAACGAAAUAUCACAAUUUGGACAUUACAAUUAAUUUAAUUAUUAUGUCUAGUUUGUAAUGUAGGUAACAUUUGACAUUGAUUUUAUUCUUUAACUGGCUUCCGUUAUUUUCGUGAGACGAUUAAUUUCGUGGUUUUAUUGUUUUUUAUUAACAAUGUAAUAAUUUUGAAUGAUUUUCUAUGUGUUUUAUUUUGAAUUAUAUCGAAUGUUAAUGUGAUUGUAAUGUAUUGAAAUGGAAGUAUGCUAAGAAAAGAUUUUUGAUUGGAUUUUAAAAAAUAUUUUGCUAUAAUGUAAUGAGGUUUAUUACAUAUGUAAAUUGGUCAGACGUCAUCGAUUCUAAAAUAUCGAUAAUUGCUCACAUUUAAAAAUUGAAGUGUUAAUAAUGAUUUAGUAUUUGAUAUCGAUAUGAAGGUAAUGUGUGCAGUAAGUAGCACAAUCGAUCAUUAUACAUACAAUACUUAAUGUGUAAAUGAUCCAAAUCGAUUGUAAUUACGUUCUAACUUAAAAUAUCGGUAUCAAAUAUUCAUUAAUUAACUAUAGCUCCGAAUAGGAGUGUGAUCGUGAGUAACAAAAACCACGUGUCAUAUUAGGUGUAAAUUACGGAUAACGUCCGUUUCCGUCCGAGGGAUGAAAAAUAUUUUUAUUUACAUACGUUUCGGAGUUUAUUAUAAUGUAGGGAUGUGGUCCCCGAAACGUCCGCUAGGCAUGGCGCCUUUCACGAAGAUCGUUAAAAAAAAGGUUGUGUAUUUUUAUGAAAAUAGAAUUAAUGUUAAUUGAUAGUAUCGAAAUAAAUAACAGGUAAAUUAAAUGGAAUAUUUUGGAGCAAUUUUUUGUCGAAGUGAAUUUUUGAAAAUAAUUUUUGCAUAGAAUCUUUAUAUUUUUGAUCUUCGUGGUAAAUGACUAGCGGAAGGAAUGAUGGCAUUGCUGAUACGCAAUAUCGUCCAAGUGCAAUAUGAAAAGUCUUAACCAAUUUGAAAUUAACAAUUUUGUAGUCAUCUGUAGAAGGUCGCGUACAAUACAAUAUUUACUUCCUUUUAUUACGCCAACUAACUGUUAUUUUGUUCUUAUAAUAUUUAUUAUUUGUAGUUUUAUGUUAUAAUAAAGCUUUAUUUUUAUACAUAUAAGGCGGUUUACAUUGGUAUUAUCAUGUACGCGACUUUCAAUGGAAAACAUUCGUCCUUUGCUAAACCCCUUUUUAAUAGAAACUGUAUUUAAAUAAUUCACCUCUUUUAAUACCUUGCCAAUAUUCUUGUAUACUAAUAAUUGCCAUUUGGUAUGUCUAAGAACUGUUAAAAUUUGGCACAAUGAUCUAAUGAGAAUGGAUAAGACAAUUUAUAUACUUAAAAUUGAAUUUUUAAUAAAGAAAUGAGACUAA